UAAUUUCCGGUAUAUAUCCGCCGAGGUUACGAGUUACAUGGUGCAUUCGAUCAGACUAAUUUUUGAUUAGUUUUUGCAUAAAAUCGUGUAUGCACAACUAUGAAAAUUGUUUCCGAAAGUGAAAUUUUACGUGCCCAAGAAAUUAAAGAUGACCUCGACACCCGCCAAACACAACAACUGAGUAUUUUACAACGAUUCAAAAGUGCUUCCAUUGGAAACUUAGUGGACUUGCCAAAUGAAGAUGAUAAGAAGUCCAUUGCGGAGCGUAUGCGCAAUAAAUUGCAACGCGGCGUGUUUAAAUUAAACAUGCGUUCACCAAAGAGCGAGAAGAAAAGUCGUGGAAUUUUUCGGCGCGCAGAAGCUACUAGUCUUUACCUGGAGGAUGGUAUGAAGCCGAAAUAUCCAAUAUUCGGUGCACCUUUAGAACAAUUGGAAUUGAAUUUAACCACAUAUCCAAAUGUACCUCUCUUUGUAGUAGAUUGUGUUGAGUUUAUAGAACGAAAAGACUGUAUACUACAGGAUGGUUUAUAUCGUGCUUCCGGCAAUAAAGUUUCUGUCGAUGAACUCAAACAAAAACUAUCCGAAAGUUAUAUAUAUGAUCCUAAAUUGUUGGUCACAGAUGAUAUACAUACACUGACGAGUUUGCUAAAGCAAUUCUUUAGAGAAUUGGGUGCACCAUUAAUACCACAAGAGUCUUACGAACGUUUUGGACGUAAUUUAAGUGAUCCAGCGGGCAUACAAAGUUUACGUGACGCACUGGAUGAUAUGCGUGAACCAAAUCGUUCCACAUUAAAAUUUCUCAUCAAACAUCUAACAAACGUUGCUGCCUGCAGUUCACAGAAUCGUAUGCCUGCAUCAAAUCUGGCCAUUGUCUGGGGUCCUUGCAUAUUAUCCGCCAAUCAAAUUGAAUUCGACAUCGGUCGCAUGAAUACACUGGCAAAAGUAUUGAUCGAAAAUUAUGAACAUAUUUUCAAUGAAAAUGAACGUUUAGUUUGUUGAGUUACCGGCGUUAAAAAGGCAUAUUCCAAAUUAGGUGCUAAGUCCUCCAAAUAUUGCACUUCCUAGCACUUCAUCAACUACUCAUAUAGAUCAUCACAAUUA